AUGUCAUCUCAGUUGGAUGAAUAUCAGAGAUAUGUUACUCUCAAUAUUGUGAAACUUGUUCAAACAUUGCGUCCGUCGUUGCUAUUAGAUCAUCUAGUCGCCAGUAAUCUUGUGACUAUGCAAGAAGCUCGCGAACUGAGACAAUGUUCUACAGAGCAAAGCGGCGCGCGAAUGCUGCUCUACGAUAUCCUGCCAUACAAGGAAAACGCAGUUGAUAGACUUUGUGAGAUUCUGAAAGAAGCAGGUCAGCUACAUAUCGUUAGAGACGUUAUGAAGAGAGGAGGUGUUGUUUGUACAGAUGAGCCUGCAAGUAAUCUGCAGACAGUACAGCAACAGCAGGCCAUCCAACAAGCAGAAUCUAAUGAGCAGUGUGAUGGGGUUAAUGGACAGGAGAAAAGCAUGACAGAAAUUGUACAGCAGCAAGGUAGUACGCCUGAUCCUACUGAAGACAACUGCAGCAGAGAAAGGGAGGAACUGUUGCAGCAGGAAGAUUGGACUAGUGGAUCAACAGUGGAAGCAGCUACAACUUCACAGGAAGAUCUCGAGGUAGAUUCUGAAUGGAAGGAGCUUUUGAAGCAUUGUCUUCCAGAUCUUCUAGCUGCUCUUCGUCCAAGUUUGUUUUUGGAUCAACUUCGAGGUUCUAGUUUACUUUCUCAAGAAGAACACACAGACCUUCAAGAAGAUUCAUUGUCUGAAACUGAUCGAUCGGACAGACUUGUAAUUACUAUUCUUCCUCGAAAAGGAAAGGGAUCGUUUGAAAUAUUUUGUAAGAUUCUUUGUAAUGUGGAGAAUCAAAAUCAUAUUGUAAGUGAAAUUCUGAAAGUUCAAAAUCCAUUCUCACUUUCUACCUGUGCUGCCGUUCCACUUAGUGGGGAAACGAUUGGUCAAUCUGACAGCAGUGAGACAUUCAAAAGGAAAAGAGUACAUGAACGUUCCAGUGACUCAUCUCAUUCUAAGCGAUGGAGUGUUGAGGCAAAGAUUCGUAGUGCAACUUUUAUUUUUAGAAAGAAAGAUAAAGAAACUGUCAAGAACUGGAAGGAGAGUAUUAGAAAAAUGUGUCGAAAAUGUUAUAAAAUAUCAAAAAAGAAUGUAAAGUUUGUGUUCAGUCUUCCACCAGCUGGUCAAGUGGAUCUCCAAUUCUUUGGUGACACAGUCAACAAGAUAGCUGUAAUUCACUUGGUUGGUGUAGCACCAUAUCGUGUUGAAAGCCACAAGGGACGGUUUGUUUCUUUUGUUGCUGAUUUCAUGAAUGUGACAGAAGAUCACAUUCAUUAUAAGGGAGCAACUAAAGGCUCAUCUCUUGUUCUGUUUCAAAUGCGAAUGGAUGACUACUUUAGACUUUUUUUUGCACUGACAGUGGAAGCACGAUGCAUUGCACUUUAUCAAACAUUGAAAUGGACAUUUCCAGAGUUAGUUGGGGUCAAGUUUAGACUUGGCGGUUUGCCAGCAGUGGAAUUGAGCAAUUUUGGAGUGAGGUUGGAGAGAGUGUUGAUGGAUGAAGGAAGCACAUUGAGAAUUUUGAAGAUGAACCAGAUGACCUUGUUGUUACUGUCAGCGAUUGCUUUACAAUUGAAGUACAUGAACAUUGAGAAACACAUAUGUGAUUUGUUUGAAGAUGUUGAUGGUCUAACUAAUGAUCUGUCAAGCUCAAAGAAUCAGAUCAUAGCAUUACAGAAAUCAGUUCUAGAUGCAAAGAUCUCAAGCGGAAAGAACAAAAGACUGUUGGAUAAACUUGGGAAUGACAGAAUUGAUCAUGCAGUUAAGGAAAUUGUAGAAGACAAGAAUUCUGUUGCUACUCGUUUCAGAAGAAUGAAAUUGAGAGAGCAUACCACUGCAAGGGAUGUAUAUGAAAAACUUGAUGUGAUUAAAGGGCUUGGAGAAGAAGUAGAGACAAAGUUAUCACAAAGACCACAAUUGGCAGAGUUAACUACAUACAGUCACUCAUUGAUAGAAGGAUUACAAGCAAGAGUAGCUAAUCUCAAGCUUUCUAGGAAAAUGGCUAAAAUGGGUUCAAUGAAACAACAGACAGAAACGAUGGAAGAGAAGUGGACAAAUUUGGCCCUUCGACUUGACAAAGCACAAUCUGUAGAAGGGAUUGAGCUUGUGUACACAUCAAUGACAGUCUGCCAUUAUGGACACAGUGGAAUGUAG